UCUGGCAAUAGACCCACCGUUCUGGAACAAAUUUCGCGCCGUAAAAUCGCCGAUUCAAAACUCCCUCACCCAUCUCAGUUGUUUCUCUCUCCAUAAACCAUUCCAUUCCAUUCCAUUCGAGAGAGAGAGGGAUGGCGAACUCGACAACCCAAGAUGCGAUUUCAAGCCUACUGGCAAACCCAUCUCCGGAGUCAUCAUCCCAAGUCCCAGAGAUCGUGGUCCAGGUUCUGGAUCUGAAGUCUACUGGAAGCAAAUACAUGUUUACGGCGAGUGAUGGGAAGAUGAAGCUCAAAUCACUCUUACAAUCUAGUUUAUCAUCUGAAGUCAUGUCAGGAAAUAUUCAGAACUUGGGUCUCAUUCGCAUUCUUGAUUAUGCAGUCAACGACAUCCCAACAAAGAAUGAGAAGUUUUUGAUCGUCAUUAAAUGUGAGGUGGUAUCUCCUGCUCUUGAAGCAGAGCUCAAGGCUGAGGGCAUAAGUGAAGAAUCUGGUAUUAUACUGAAAGCAAAACAAGGAAUGGACCUAAAGAGUGCGGUAAAAAGUGUAGAGAUUCGUAUUAUUUUGAAGCCAAAGCAGGAAUUGGUUGCUAGAUCAGUAGCUCAGAUAGUACUCGAACAGAAUGGGAAUAUGGCACCUUCUGCAAGAAUGGCGAUGACAAGAGUUCAUCCACUUGUUUCUUUAAAUCCUUACCAUGGAAAUUGGACCAUAAAGGUCGCAGUUACAGGUAAAGGAAAUAUGCGAACUUAUAAAAAUGCCGGAGGAGAAGGCUAUGUAUUCAAUGUAGAGUUGACAGAUGAAGAUGGUACACAAAUACAAGCAACGAUGUUUAAUGAAGCUGCAAAGAAAUUUUAUGACGAGUUUCAGUUGGGAAAGGUUUACUACAUAUCAAAGGGAACUCUGAAAGUUGCUAGCAAGCAGUUCAAGACAGUACAGAAUGACUAUGAAAUGACAUUGAAUGCAAAUUCUGCGGUGGAGGAAGCAAGUGAUGAAGCAACUUUUAUCCCUGAAACAAAAUUCAAUUUUGUCCUGAUCGAGUGUCAAUGGAUUGGAGUUAAUCCGAAUCUGAUCCAAAAAUCCAAAGCCGUUUACAAAAAAUCCGAUCCGAUAAUCCGAAUCCGUUUAAUCUGUUCAUUAAACGGAUUGAAUAUACAAAAAUCCGAUAAUCCGAUCUGAUUAUUCUCAAUUUGAAUGAAAAAAACACAAAAUGAAAAAAAAAAAAUCAAAUCAAAUUUAUAAAAUUGUAGCUCAAUAAAUAAAUAAAUAGAUCGGAUCGGAUCGGAUUAUCGGAUCGGAUAUCGGAAAUCAUCGGAUUCGAAUUCGGAUAUCUAUAAUCGGAUAUGGGAUAAAUGGAUUCAGAUUUGUCUUAAUCGGAUUGGAUUCGGAUUUUGACAGAUCCGAUCCGAAUGCGAUCCAUUUACAGGCCUACAAUCGAUCAAUUGGGACCAUAUGUCAAUUCAAAGGAGCUUGUAGAUGUUAUUGGUAUGGUCCAAAAUGUAUCUCCUACGUUGAGCAUUCGAAGAAAAAUUAACAGCGAGACUAUUCCAAAGCAUGACAUAACUAUUGCAGAUGAAACGUGUAUCUUUGUCGGCUUUGAGCAAGAGCAUUGUAGUGGUAAAUCCAGACACAGCAGAAUCGAGAAAGUUGAGAUCCUGGUAUGAUUGUGAAGGUAAAGUGACUUCAAUGGCUUCUAUUGGAUCUGGAAUAAGCCCUGCAACCAACAAUGGAAUGAGAUCCAUGUACUCUGACCGAGUCUCCCUUUCUCACAUAACCCAUAACCCAUCACUGGGUGAGGAGAAGGCAGCCUGUAUUUUUCAGCAUAAAAGUAUACAUUAGCCUCAUCAAGCCUGAUCAAACCAUGUGGUAUCGUGCUUGUAAGACCUGCAAACAAGAAAGUAACCGAAGCUAUUGGAUCUGGGUAUUGGUGUGAGGGAUGCCAGAAAAAUGAUGAAGAGUGCAGCUUAGGAUACAUAAUGGUAGUGAAAGUCUCUGAUGCAAGCUGCGAAGCUCUCUGUGUUCAAUGAACAAGCGGAGAUAAUUGUUGGGUGCUCUGCUGAUGAGCUCGAUAAUCUAAAAUCUCAGGAGGGAGAAAAACAUUCUUUCCAACAGAAACUGAAAGAAGUUACAUGGGUUCCUCAUAUUUUCCGAGUCAGUGUAACACCACAUGAGUACAUGAAUGAGAAAAGGCAGAGGAUAACAGUCAGAGCAGUUGGCCCAGUUGAUUUUGCAGCUGAAUCCAGGUUUUUGCUGGAGGAGAUAUCAAAGAUGAAAGUAUCUCAAUAGUGUGUCUAGUCUUACUUUAUUGAACUUUGAACUGAACACAGUUUAUAUGUUUUCCAGACAAUCAAUAUUGGUGGUUUUUUUUGCAUUCAUCAAUGUUCAUAACAAAUUCGAAGUUCUGAUUUUUCUUAAUCUUCUAGACCUUUUGAUGAAUAA